UAGAAAAAGGACCUCGAAGUUGCAGAUCCCCCCCGCCACCGUGUUUGGAUUAAAUCUCGCACCAAGAGUAGAAAACUUGUCACUGAUUACGACAAGGAAAUUGCAGAGAAGAUAGUAAGUAUAUAUUAAUCCUUAAUUGAGUUCUACUCAUGAGUUAGUGUAUAUAAUUCAUAUACUAAUUGCUUGAAUAUAUGCGUGCAUUAGGCUCAAUUAGAGGAGAAUCUUAGUCAGGGACAAAUUCAGGUCCAGGGCCAAAACGAUAUCCUCACGCAGGCGCUUGGGACACCAGAGCAUCCUGGACGUGUCAGGGCUGCUGGGUAUGCUAUUACUUCAAAUGUUAUUUAUUUAGUUACACAAAUGAAAUCGUUGCUAAUUUGCAUUUUAUGAUUUGUAGGUUCCUGACCAGGGCAUCUCAACUGUUCGGCAGGAAGAAAAGGGAAGUGUCUGAUGUUGUGGCUCGGCAAGCGAAGGAGAUUGAAAAAUUAAAAGCCGAAGUCCAAUCCCUUAAGCAGCAGAGGAACGCUGCCGAACAAGAGGAAGAAGGAGAGGUGGCUGGUGAGGCGUAUGUUCCACAACCAUACGCUCCUCAGGAUGAGGUACAACCACAAAUUUAUGCUGAGGAGUUUAUUUCCCUCAACGACCAAGGUAUCCUAUACAAUUUUGAUGACCAUGCGGCCCUUAAUCAGCAAGUACAUCUCUGCUCUGACAACAUCGACAAUAUUGUGGCCCGAGGGUAUUUGUACGAGCAUGUGGGUAUGAUCAAAGUUCACUGCCAGGAUUACGAUGAUUCACAUGCCCGGAUCAUGGUUUCGGAAAUCCUGCAAGAGGACGCUGAAAUCCCAGUCCCAAUUGAAGAGUGCAGAUAUGUUAGGGACGUAUACCAGAUGUUCCUUCCUUGGCCUAAACACUUAAUUUUAACAACCGAGGGUCCACUCGCUCAACCGCCCUCAAGACGUGAUGCGUCAAAGGGGAAAGCUCCGAUGCUUUCUCCACAAGGCCGUGGUGCACGGGAAGAUGACUUGUUCACGGAAGAGAAGAUGGCGUUGAUCCCUAAUUCGCUAAAAUGGAUGAUUCAUGAAUUCCUAAGGCUCAAAGAUAAACGUGAUAUAAUCACAAUUCCUGUCUCCCGAGGAUUCAUUGCACCGCGUACCCAGAUCACGUUAUCUGGAAAGGAUUUGCAGCAGGUUGCUACGUGUGACUACAUCGGCAACCAGGGAAUGCUGUUUGGAAUGAUGCACAUAUGGGAGAGCAUCAACGGUCUGAGAAAAAUUUUCAAGUUUUACGACCCAGAGCUUCUCACAGUGCAUGGGAUCAACGAUGAAGAACAGAGUCAGUCUUUUGAUGAUGCGGCAAGACGAUUGGCUAAUUGGUUAUCAUUAAUGAACAACAACCACCAAAUGUUCUUUAUUCCUUGGAAUAUCGGGUAAACUUUAUUAAAUUCUUUAGUGUUAAUUGUUCAUUUCUAUAUUAUGUCUUCAAAUUAUUUUUAUACUAUCUUACUUAUAUUCCAAUAUAAUUUUCUAGGAUGCAUUGGACGCUAGUGGUGGUUGCGCCAAGGAAAAUUAUCCAUUUAAACCCUGUAAAAGGCCGCCCAAUUCCCGAAGAAAUAGAACAAAUGAUCGGAAGGUAAUAAUUUAAUGACUUCUUAUGUAACGAAUUUAAAUUAACUAACGAAUUGAAAUGCUAAUAUAAUUUUCCCAAACAGGGCAUUCAUGUAUAUAGGGGACGCACAUCAGUAUCUUGGCCCGUGGCAAGGAAUUUCACAAGCAAACUGUCCAAGACAACCUAAAAGCCAAGAAUGCGGUUUUUAUGUUUUGAAAUAUAUCACUGACAUCGUCGCACGUGCCAACCCCACCCGUUACAUACAAGAUCAAAAAGCUGUAAGUUUUAAUUAUUGAUUAUAGUAUAUAAAUUUUAUAAUAACAAAUAUAUAAUAUACAUAUACAUAAACUAAUAUAAAUUUUUAAUUUUUUAACAGUUUGGGGGUAAGAAGCAAUAUGAUCCAAAAAUAGAAUUGUUACCACUACAGCGAAAGUGGAUCGAACAAUUGAUGGCGGUGAUUCACGGUGACGAUUGAGGUUCAAAGGUCAAAGAAUUUUUCUUCAUUAUGU